ACCGUUCCCUCAGAAGUUGUUGUCCACAGAAAUGCUGGCGGCAACGUUCGCCACGCCCUCCGCGACAUCAUCAUCCUAGACGAAGUCCUAGGCCUCAAGGAAAUCGCCAUUAUCCAUCACACCGACUGCGGCACUCUUCGAUUUCGAGAUGAAGACAUUCGACGCUCUCUCAUAUCAAAGAUGGAUUCCGAGUACUGGCCUGUGAUUGAUACCAUGCACAUAGGCGCGAUCACUGAUGUCGAACAAAGCGUCCGAGAUGACCUUGCGUGGCUUGAGAAGACGCCUUUUGUGAGGAAGGACUUGGUUGAAAAGACACGAGGUUUUGUCUUUGAUGUUAAGACGGGGCUGGUAAACCCCGUCAUUUAG